AUGAGGAGUAAACACCCUCUGGCCGCUCACGCUACCCACUUGGGACUUUUUUCAGACCCGCUUCUGCAGCAGAGCCCAACGCUGCAUCUUCAAGUCGUCCCAGAGAAAUGGGCCAAGCGCGAGGACGUCAACGAGGCAUGGGCAAAGCUACGGGAAAAGUACAGCCUCGACCAAAAGGCGUGGGACAAGGCUACCUGGGACUUCUUGACCUUUGUUCUGGGCCGCGAUUGGAGCUGCGUUGGGAGUAUGAGUAAGGCUCGGGAGCUGGGAUGGACUGGAUAUGCAGAUACUUGGACCGAACUUGUAGAUACCUUUGAGACCUUGGAAAAGGAGGGAGUUCUACCACCGGUUGAGCAGCUCAAGCAGGAUUUUUAG